AUGACUGCCAAGAAAGACAGCGAUGCCCUGUCAUCGAAUUCACAACCAGAAUACUAUGUUGAAGAAGACAAAGAAAAACAAACAAGAGUUGUUACAUCCAUAGUAUCAUUAUCAGGAAAACCAAUAGAAAUAUCUGAAAAUGUGGACGAUGCUAUGAAACUUGUUCGUGAUCAUCAAGAUGAAGAAAUUGAAUUGGAUGAAAUCACCUCUAAAAAAUUAUUACGCAAAAUUGAUUUAUGUUUAUUACCAGUAAUGUGUUUAUUGUAUUGUUUCCAAUUUAUGGAUAAAUUAUCAACCAGUUAUGCUUCUAUCUUGGGAUUAAGAAAAGAAUUAAAUAUGGUUGGUGAUAUGUAUAGUUGGACAGCUACUGCUUUUUAUUUGGGAUAUUUGGUAUUUGAAUUCCCAGCAUCAGCUUUAUUACAAAGAUUUCCUGUUGCCAAAACUGUUAGUGUUUUUAUCAUCUUAUGGGGAAUGAUCUUGGCAUUACAUUCUGUUCCUGAAUAUUCUGGUUUUGUUGCUUUGAGAACUAUAUUAGGGGCUUUGGAAAGUAGUGUUACACCUGCUUUCACUAUUAUAACUUCUCAAUGGUACAAGAAAGAAGAACAAUUUUUAAGAACAUCUUGUUGGUUUGCUAGUAAUGGAAUUGGUACUAUUAUUGGUCUGGCAAUUGCUUAUGGUUUAUAUCAGCAUGACAAUUAUUCCUUACCUGCUUGGAAAUUGGUUUUUGUUGUUACUGGUGUAUUGACUAUAUUCAUUGGAUUUAUUGUAUUUUUCCAUAUCCCAGAUACUCCAGCAGGAGCAUGGUUUCUUACUGAUCGUGAAAAAGUUUUAGUAGUGGAAAGAAUUAGAUCAAAUCAACAAGGUUUUGGAAAUCGUCAUUUUAAAAAAUCACAAUUCAUUGAAGCAUUAAAAGAUCAUAGAACUUGGUUAUUUGUUUUAUUUGGAUUGUCAAAUAAUAUCCCAAAUGGUGGUUUAACCAGUUUCAGUACCAUUUUAUUGAAUGAAGAUUUUGGAUAUUCUCCAUCAGAAUCAUUAUUAAUGCAAAUGCCUCAAGGUGCAGUUGAAAUUUGUGGUUGUGUUCUUUUGGCAUGGUUAACUAAAUAUUUCCCAUCUCGUUUAGGAAUGGCUACAUUUGCAAGUAUACUUACUGUAAUUGGUUAUUGUCUUUUGGUUUUUCCUUCUCAAAAAGCUGCAAGAUUAACUGGAUUUUAUUUAUAUUUAUUUUCUCCAGUAGGGUUUAUUUGUGUUUUGUCUUGUAUCGCAUCAAAUGUUGCUGGUCACACUAAGAAAAUAACUACUAAUGCUAUUCUUUUAAUUUCCUAUUGUGUUGGUAAUUUAAUUGGACCUCAAACUUUUAUUAGUAACCAAGCACCUAAGUACCAAGGAGCAAAAAUUGCUAUUGUUGUUUGUGGGUUCAUUAAUGUGGGUACUUUGAUAGCUAUUCUCUUAUCAUAUGUAUGGGAAAAUCGUAGACGAAACUCCCAACCUCAAGUGGACAUGAGCCAUAUUGAAAAUUACGAAUUUGCUGAUUUGACUGAUAAAGAAAACCCAAACUUUAGAUAUUCUAUUUAG